UCAGUAUGGAGGAGCUGCUCUCUGAAUGAGUGGAUUUUUUUUUUUUUUACACCGACGGCUCCCGUAUCUUCGUGGAUGCUUCAGGAGAGCAGCGGGGUGGAAGCGCCGCGCAGUCCGCCUCCAGGUGUGCCCUGUCCCGGUCUCUGUGAAUCAGCCUGCUCUGUUGCUGCUGUCUCUUUUGGCAGUCCCGAGAAGUCUCCUCUGCAAUGGGUAGAAAAUGACGAUCGCUACAUCCACUAAAGGUGCAUCGAUCAACAAUGAACUCUCACAGUCGCCAAGUGGAUGUGAGCACAGCGGCGCUCCCCUCGCAGGUUCCCUCCGCCGCCUCUGCCAUCCUUCCCAUGGACCUCCGCAUUGUGGACCACUCUCACCACCACCACCAGCAGCCUCCCUUCGGCCUGGUGUCCCAGCCCCAUCCCACACCAGCCCCCUCCACAGCCUGUCCUGCAUCGUCCGAGCUGGGCAACGGACCGGUUGCUGGCCGUCAGGACCAGCACUUGCAACAGGAACUGGUGGCUCUGAAGCACAAGCAGGAGCUCCAGAGGCAGCUACUGAUUGCUGAGUUUCAUAGGCAACACGAGCAACUGUCGCGACAACAUGAAGUCCAGCUCCAGGAGCAUAUUAAGCAUCAACAGGACCUGUUGGCCCUCAAGCAUCAACAAGAGCUGCUGGAGCAUCACAGGAAGAUGGAGCAGCAGCAUCAUGAGCAACAGCUGGAGAAGCAGCAGCGGGAACAGAAACUCCAGCAGCUGAAAAACAAGGAAAGGGGACAAGAAAGUGCUGUGGCCAGCACGGAGGUAAAGAUGCGACUUCAGGAGUUUGUGCUGAACAAGAAGAAAGCCCUGGCUCAGCGAAACCUAAACCACUGUAUGCCCAGUGACCCUCGCUACUGGUAUGGGAAAACUCAGCAUAGUUCUUUGGACCAGAGCUCACCCCCUCAAGCGGCGCUGUCAGCGUACACGCAUCCAGUGCUGGGAGCGUUCGACUCAAAGGAUGACUUUCCUCUGAGGAAAACAGCAUCUGAGCCCAACCUGAAGCGCCGUUCAUGGCUAAAGCAGAAAGUGACGGAGCGUCGAAGCAGUCCUCUGCUCCGCAGGAAAGACGGGCCAAUCACUACUGCCAAGAAGAGAUCACUCGACAGAGCUGACUCUGCAUGCAACAGUGCGCCAGGCUCCGGCCCCAGUUCCCCCAACAACAGCUCCAGUAACAUCCCCAGUGAAAAUGGCAUCCCAGUCUCUACCAGCCCAGGAGAGGCCUCUCUGAUUCAGAGGCUGGCUACCAGGGACGGCUCACUCAGCCAGUUGUCUCUCUACACCUCACCUUCUCUGCCCAACAUCACUUUAGGACUGCCUGCCUCCGGCCCUGCAAACUCUGUGGUAUCGGGACACCAAGAUGGCGAGACUCAUCUGGCGCUGCCAGCGUUACAGCCGGGCAUUCCGUUGGCCUCGGCUUUUCUGCCCACCUCCCACCUGCCGUCCUACUUGGCCUCGUCGGCGUUGGACAGGGACGGGCCUGGAGGGGGCGCAGCUGGUCACAACCCCCUCCUUCAACACAUGGUGCUAAUGGAGCAGAGCCACAGCUCAAUGGUCGGUCUGGGUGGCCUGCCUCUCCCAUCUCCCACCGUCUCCAAACUGGUACGGGGCCACCGUCCCCUGGGAAGGACCCAGUCGGCCCCUCUGCCUCAGCAGCCGUGCGGACAGGCCCAAGCCCUGCAGCAGCUGGUGGUCCAGCAGCAGCAUCAGCAGUUCCUGGAAAAGCACAAGCAACUGUUCCAACAGCAGCACAUCAUCAAUAAGAUCAUGUCUAAGCCUGGCGAUCAGGUGUCAGCUGCCAGCUCUGGAGCCUCUGUGCCGGGUAGGCAGCAUCAGAGUCACCCAGAGGAGACAGAAGAGGAACUCAGGGAGCACCAGGGACUGACCUCAUCCUCGUCGUCAUCAUCCACUUCGUCUGGGCCAGAAACGGGGUUGAUACGGGGUCUGGUCAUCAAGCAGGAACCACCAGACCUCCAAGAGCAAGAAGAGAGGGAACAACGGGACCAGAGAGAGAGACAGGCUGAGCAGGACUUCAUGUUCAAACAACAGGCGAUGCUGUUGGAGCAGCAGCGGAUCCACCAGCUGCGGAGCUACCGAGCCUCCAUGGAAGCGGCCGGGUUACCGGUCAGCCUUGCUGCUCACCGCCCUCUGUCCCGGACGCAGUCAUCCCCAGCCUCCGCUUCCUUCCCCAUUGUUGUCUCGGAGCCUCCAGUGAAGCACCGAUUCACCACAGGUCUAGUGUAUGACUCCUUGAUGCAGAAACAUCAGUGUAUCUGCGGCAAUGCCACUAUUCAUCCCGAGCAUGCCGGCCGUAUUCAGAGUAUCUGGUCCCGGCUGCAGGAAACAGGCCUGAGGGCUCAGUGUGAGUGUAUCCGUGGAAGGAAGGCGUCACAGGAGGAGCUGCAGACGGUUCACUCUGAGGCCCACGUCCAGCUGUACGGAACCAACCCGCUGAGACAGAAACUGGAGUGUUCCGUGAAUCCCAUGUUUGUGAGGUUACCAUGUGGAGGCAUUGGGGUGGACAGUGACACAAUCUGGAAUGAGAUCCAUUCGUCUACAGCUGCUCGACUGGCCGUUGGCUCAGUGGUGGAGCUGGUUUUCAAAGUAGCAACAGGAGAGCUGAAGAACGGUUUUGCUGUAGUUCGGCCACCCGGACACCAUGCUGAGGAGAGCACACCUAUGGGUUUCUGUUAUUUCAACUCUGUCGCCAUUGCAGCCAAGCUCCUGCAGCAGAGGCUUAAUGUCAGCAAAAUCCUCAUAGUUGACUGGGAUGUUCACCAUGGCAACGGGACCCAGCAGGCCUUCUACGCAGACCCCAGUGUUCUGUACCUUUCUCUACAUCGCUAUGACGAUGGGAACUUCUUCCCCGGCAGCGGAGCUCCAGAUGAGGUGGGCAGCGGUGCAGGUGUGGGCUUCAACGUGAACAUGGCAUUUACUGGGGGCCUUGAACCUCCCAUGGGGGACGCAGAGUAUCUGGCUGCCUUCAGAACGGUGGUGAUGCCCAUUGCCAAUGAGUUCGCUCCAGAUGUGGUUCUGGUGUCCUCUGGCUUCGAUGCUGUCGACGGACAUGCCCCACCGCUCGGAGGAUACAAACUGACAGCCAAAUGCUUCAGCUACCUGACCAGGCAGCUGAUGGGCCUGGCCGGCGGUCGCUUGGUGCUUGCCCUGGAAGGGGGUCAUGACCUGAUGGCCAUAUGUGAUGCCUCUGAAGCCUGCAUUUCUGCUCUGCUCGGCAAUGAGUUGGACCCCAUUCCUUACGAGGUGCUGCAGCAGAAACCAAAUGCUAAUGCUGUGCGCUCUAUGGAGAAAGUCAUUGAGGUUCAGAGUAAAUAUUGGCGCUCUCUGCAGCGUUCUGCCUCCACCCUCGGUUGGUCGUUGAAUGAAGCGCUGCAGCGUGACGUGGAGGAAGCUGAAACUGUUUCAGCCAUGGCUUCGUUGUCAGUCGCUAACAAGCACAUUGGAAAAAGGGCUGAAGAGGAGCCGAUGGAAGAGGAAGCUCCCAUGUAAAAAAAAUAAACAUGGUUAGC